AAAAUGUUAUAAAAGUUGAGUUCAGUUCAGUGUUUAAAUUUUUGAAGGCGUAAACUAGUCAAUAUUAUUACACAAAAAGUGAUAAAAAAAAACAAAACAAAUAAUUAACAACAAAUUAAAUUAUUACAAGCAAUUAAUUUUAAAUUAUUGUUUUUAUUAAAAACAAAUAAAUAUACAAAGAAAAAUAUAUUUAAAAAGUAAAAUGUUUUUGAAAUUUGUGUGUCUGUUAUUCUUACUAUCAAUUUCAUUUAAUAUCAGCCGUGGGGAAAUACCAAACGAUGGCAAAUUACGCGUCUGUAUUGUCGAGUCUCGGGGACACUAUCGCAAGGCGCCCCAAUUCUGUCCCAUGUUGGAGGCCACCAGCAACAUGGAGUGUGUAGUAGGCGUUGAUCGUCUCGAUUGUGUGCGACGCAUACACAAAGGUACCGCCCAUUUUGGUGUGCUAUCAUCCGAAGAUUUAGUAGCUGCACGAUGGGCUAGUGUAGAGAUAUUGGUAACCAGUGAAUUGAGAUCACAUGAUUCACCAUUUGAGUAUGAAGUGGUGGCAGUGGUAGAUAAUGAGGCUGAUAUACAUACGGUGCAUGAUUUGAAAGGUGCCAAGUUGUGUCAUCCGGGUUAUGGUUUGAAAAAUCACUGGACCGAUGUUUUGGCUAAUUACUUUGAAUCUACUAUGGUGGCUAAAUCUUGUGAUCCUGAAAUGUCUUUGUCAGAAGAUCGUAUUAGGGCAUCGGCUCGUUUCUUUGGUCCCAGUUGUAAGGCCGGUCCUUGGGUGCCAAAUCCAGAACAAGAUCGCCAAUUGAAAGAUCGCUAUCCCUCGUUGUGUCAAAUGUGCUAUGAUCCCUAUAGAUGUGAUAUUGGUGACAAACAUUGGGGCAGAAGAGGUGCCUUGUACUGUCUGACCAGUGGUGGUGGUAGUGUAGCUUGGGCUCGUUUGGAUGAUGUUAAAAGUCAUUUUGGUUUGUCUGGUUUGUUGGCUCAGGCCAAUCCCAGUGAAUAUAGCUACUUGUGUGCUGAUGGUCAUUUGCAGCCAAUUAAUACCACAAAACCUUGUGUUUGGGUGGCCAAACCCUGGCCUGUUAUUGCUGCCAGAAGAUCUCAUGCUGCCCAGGUUCAACGUCUAGUAACCGGCCUUAAUCAUGACACUCCUACUAGCUGGCAAAAUGCUUUACUUAGUUUGUUGGAGAAUUUCCAUGUCGAUAUCAAUCCUUUGGACAAUGUCAUACCCAUAGAUGACUAUUUAGAUCAAGCCACUGCUUUUCAAGGUGCCUACAGUUUUCCUGAAUGUAAUCCUCCACGUUCGAUUGUGUUUUGCACCACUUCUGUAAUUGAGCACAUUAAAUGUUCCUGGUUGCAGGAAGCUUCCCAGGUUUAUGGUGUCCAACCAAAUAUCCAAUGCAUAAGAUCGGCUACUCUGGACACCUGUAUGGAUGAUAUGAAAUACAAAGCGGCCGAUGUGGUUUUGGUAAACAACGAACAACGUCUAAAAGCUCAACAUGAAUACAAACUGAAACCAAUUCUCUAUGAAUUCUCCCAAAACAUGCAUGAUCUCUACAGCACUAUUGCUGUAGUGCAUAAGGAUUCUAAAUUUAAAACCUUCCAAGACCUAGACGGAGCCAAAGCCUGUUUUCCUUCGUACGAAGGUCCAGCCUAUCUUUCGGCACUUGAAACUAUACACAAUAAGACGGGACAAAGUAUAUCGCCGAAAAAAUAUUUCUCUCGUCACUCUUGCUUAUGGCAUGGUGAGAAAACAUGUUCUGAUGUCUAUAGAGGUGAUGAGGGUGCCUUAAGAUGUUUGGCUCAACAGGGAGAAGUGGCCUUUAUAAGCUCCGCGAUCUACAAACAAUAUAUUGUGGGCAAUCUAACCUCGACCUGGGUAAAACAAAAUGGCCACAAAUCCUUCCGAAUCUUGUGUCCCUAUGGUGCCAAUGAAAGACAUUCGAAAUUUGAGUUCUGCUACAUGCACUGGACCACUCGAGGUUUCUUAAUGACCCACGAUGGACCCAUGGCUAGACAAAAUGAAAUUUUCAAUUCUCUGCGUGAAAUAGAUAGUCUGUUUGGCAAGAAAUUCAAGGAUGAUGUAAGACCCUUUACCAUGUAUGGUGUCUUCGAUAAGCAAAACAAUAUAAUAUUCAACGAUCAAACCGAUGAAUUGCGUGGCUUGCAGCAAUUGAAGAAUGACGUAAACCCCCGGACAAUGGAACAAAUUUACGAAGACUAUGUAGCGGGCAAAUACAAAAGUGCUGUGGAUAGUGGCGUAAGCAAAUUAAGUGUGACCAGCUUCAGUCUGUGUUUAAGUGUAUUUUUAAUGUUGCCUAUCUUAAGGCGCGUUUUUAUUUAUUGGUUUUAAGUUUUUGUUUUCUUAUUUCUAUAUUGCUCAUAGUCACCUAAGACUUUUUUAAAAUAAUUAUUUAUUGUGAUAUUAAAAUAUAAGUUAAGCAGCAAGUUAGCAUGGCUAGAUCACUGUAAUA